AUGGCAGUAGUGGGCUGCACAUUGUGCAUUAAAUUCAUGCUAUUUUUCUUUAAUUUUGUUUUCUGGUUGGCUGGAGGUGUGAUAUUGGGAGUGGCUCUAUGGCUUCGUCAUGACAACCAGACCAGCAGUCUUCUCAUGCAGCAGUUUGAAGAUCAGCAGGCUCCCAGCACCUUCUAUAUCAGUGUGUACAUCCUGAUAGCUGUGGGAGCUGUGAUGAUGUUUGUAGGGUUUCUCGGUUGCUACGGUGCCAUCCAGGAAUCUCAGUGUCUCCUUGGAACGUUCUUUUUCAUGUUGGUGUGUCUGUUCGCCUGUGAGGUGGCUGCUGGGAUCUGGGGAUUCAGUAACCGAGACACAAUCUCCAAGGAGAUGAUCAACUUCUACGAUGCGGCGUACAUCAAGUCAGUGGACGUCGUAGACUCUCCCAGCAAAACAGCUGCUAUCAAAGUCCUGGAGGUGUUCCACGAGACGCUCGACUGCUGUGGUAAAGGAGAUGACUCGCCCUUAUUCGUACAAGUAACCGGAGCUCUGUGUCCCAAGAAGAGCCUGGAAGAUGCCCUGAUCUCUAAGAACUGUCAUCUGAAACUGAAAGAUCUGUUCUCUGAGAAGCUCUACCUGAUUGGUCUAGUUGCCCUGGCGGUGGCUGUCAUCAUGAUCUUUGAGAUGAUCUUCACCAUGGUUCUCUGCUGUGGGAUCCGCAACGCCACCCCAGUGUACUAGAACCACGGAACCCUACUAGAACCACGGAACCCUUCUAGAACCACGGAUCCCUUCUAGAACCACGGAAUUAUAGAACCACAGAGGGGCUCAAAGGUACACAAAUCCUGUACAGAUCGAAGUCAUCGAAGGGGAUUGAAAA